CAAUCUAGGUUGAGGAGUAAGGAGGGGGGGGGGUCUUGGCUGCCUGCCCAGAGUGGGGGAGACUUCUUCCUCCUGAUUGGCCUGGGGUCUCAAAGCCCCAUUCCCUUGUUCUGCUCGGGAUUGUUGGGUCUUGUCAUCCCGACUUCGCGGGGCUACUUGGGGGGAUGACAAGGAACCUCCCUUUGGCCCCCGUGCCUUGAUUGUGACCCCCCUCCAACCCUCCAGGGGCCAACGUGGCAGUGAAGGAGGAGCCGGGGGAGGAGCUGUGCAUCGGGCGUCCACUGGAGCCAGCCGAGCCAGGAAGCUUGUCGCUGUCCAGCCCCACAGCAGGGAUCAAGAAGGAGCUGGAAGAACCGUCGUACCACGUCGGUCUCUGGGAGGAGAGCGAUGGGGAGGCCAGCACUGAUUCCUCGGACACCAAGCCCGAUGUCAUUGUAAAGAUGGAACCGGAGGAGGAAGAGGAUGACGAUGACGAGGUGGGCGAGGAGGGCUUAGGCUGCUCCACCUCUCCUACUUCUCCCCCCCUGGCUGGAUGCUUGGAGCCGAGUGGCAAUGCGCCACACGGAAAGAUGGGCCAGGAGCCGUGCAGAGACAUCACGGAAAGAACUCCUUCCCGGGGUUCGUCGAAGAGGACAUGCAGCACAGCUCAGGGGGCACAGUCGCCCUCUCCUAGGGUUUGGGGUGCGGCUCCGGCACCCGUGCCUGUAUCUGGAAGAUCUCCCAGAGCUGCGGAAAUACUGACUGUGGUCGUCUCCGGCACGGCUGAAGCUGACCGGCGGCCAAAGAAUCCUGCCACUGAGCGACCCUUCGCCUGCAGCGUCUGCGGGAAGCGGUUCCAGCACCGGGGCAACCUAGUGACCCACCUGCGUGUCCACACGGGGGAGAAACCCUUCCCUUGCGCCGAGUGCGGGAAGAGCUUCAGCCAGAAGGGGGACCUGAUGCGCCACCUGCGUGUCCACACGGGGGAAAAGCCCUUCGAGUGCCCUGUCUGUGGCAAGAGCUUCUGCUCCAAGCAGACCUUCGUCCUGCACCAGCGCAUCCACACGGGCGAAAAGCCUUUCUCUUGCCCCGAGUGCGGGAAGCGCUUCAACCGUAAAGCCAACUUCGUCACCCACCAGAAGAUCCACCGGGGCGAGCGGCCCUUCGUCUGCAGCGAGUGCGGCAAGGGCUUCUGCGCCCGGAAGACUUUCAUCCUCCACCAGAAGAUCCACGUGGGUGACCGGCCAUUCGUCUGCCCUGACUGCGGGAAGAGCUUCAGCCGCAAUGGGGACCUCACCCGGCACCAGCGGAUCCACACCGGUGAGCGGCCCUUUGCCUGCGCCGACUGUGGGAAGAGCUUCAGCCACAACGGGGAACUGAUCAAGCACCAGCGCAUCCACACUGGCGAGAAGCCCUUUUCCUGCGCUGACUGCGGGAAGAGCUUCAACCGCAAGGGGACUCUCGUCACCCACCAACGCAUCCACACCGGCGAGCGGCCCUUUGUCUGUGGCGAGUGCGGCAAGACUUUCAACCUGAAGACCACCCUGAUGAAGCACCGGCGGAUUCACACCGGCGAACGGCCCUUCCCCUGCCUGGAGUGCGGGAAGAGCUUCAAGUACAAGGGGAACCUACGGACUCACCACUUGACCCACACGGUGGAGCGGGUCUACCCUUGCACUGAGUGCGGCCUGGUGUUCGGCCAGCGGAAGGAGCUGAAGGGGCACCAGGCGGCCCACGCGGGACACCGCUUGCUGCCCUGCUACCGGGACGACGGGGAGAACGUGAACCCUUUCCUCCAGGUGCGCCCUCUCCUCCUCUCCUGCUCCCCGCUCCCCGUGCCCCUGGAGACCCUGACCAAGUUCAAGCAGGAAGCCAGUGGCAAAGGCCUUGGACUCGAAGAUGCCAAUGCUUAAACUUGGGGUGGGGGUGAGAGGGGGAAGGCACUCUUUAAUUGAUUUCCGGGACACCGUUUUUGGGGUGAACAAUGUAGAAACCCGUCAUGCUCGUCCGCAGGAGAGAGGAUGGCAGAGAAGUACGCCGCCUUUGUGGCGGCGAGGGGGGACUAGUAUGUCAGCCUCAGCCUCAAAGGAAGCUGACCACGCAGGAGUACUUACGGUUCGGGUUCGGCAGUUGCCAAAUUCUUAGUUUAGCAAACCGUGCACUUAGUAGGGCCUACUCUGUUGGCUGUUAGGCGGUGCUAUCCAGCUUGUAGAAGGAGGAGGAAGGCUUGAGUCCCCGAAAGUAACCGGGGGGAUCGGUAGAAGCAACGUGAAAUGGAGGAUAGUAAGGUGUGGAGAAGCUUUUCUGAAACGGAGGCCAGGGUGCAACUGAUGAGUUAGCCAAAACCAAUAAAGCGCCAGGGUUCAAGAGCAAA